UUAGAAAAUACUCUACAGCAAACGAAUGGAUGAAGAUUAGGGACUCGUCCCUUCUCCGCUCAGUUCGCUCCGAACUCCUUCCUAAUUCGUUCCUUCUUUUUCAACACUCCAAAGUUUCGUGAUUCCUUUCGUCGUCCAUUUUCACUACUCAAAGUCUUCUCCACUGCACAUAAACCAACACUUCCACUUCCACACCCUUCGUUUCUAUUCAAUUUUUCCUUCUCUUCAGACAAAACUCAUUUUCUUUCUAAAAAAAAAAAAAACUGGCUUGUGGCCACUGUUCUGACUGAGGCAUUUCAAAGCGAAAACCCCAAAAAAUGAACCUGUCACUCCCUCUCCCACACCACCUCUCAUUCUCCCAAUGCCCAUUUCUCCACAAACCCAUCAAACCCCUCUAUUUCCUUCCCAACCCCCCCGCACGUGCGAGCACCAUAAUCCGCAUGGGCGGGGGUCCCCGCACGUACCCUGGGGGCGUGUCAAAGUGGGUGUGGAAGCGCAUGCAGGCGAAGAAGGCCAAGCAGCUUAUGAAGGCGCGCCUCUGCCGGGAGCGGCAGAUAUACGAGAUGCGGAAGCGGGCGGAGCUCAAGGCCGCGGUGUCGGAGCUGGAGCGGCCGUGGGAGGUGGUCGAGAGGGAGGAGGCGACGGCCGCGCCGAACUUGUUUUCAAUUAAGGCGGAUGAGCAGGUGAAGGUGCUUGCUGACAGGUUCCAGAGGCCAGGCGGGUUUGACUUGUGGAGUGAGAGGGAUGGACCAGUGUUGUUUGAGAGCCCUGAUGAGCUUCCCUCUGCUAGGUUUUUCCCCAAAGGGGUUGUGCAUAGUGUGAAGCCUUAUAGAAGGGUUGAUGGGUAUGGGCUGGUGAAGGAUGGGGGUGGGGAUGGAGAUGGAAUUGGGGAGAGGGGUUUGUUGAAGGGAAAUGAUUUUGGUGGAGGUUUGAGGGAAUUGGGUGAUGGGGGGAUGGAGAUUGAGUUUGGUGGGGAUUUGAGUGGAUUUAAGGAUGUUGAUGGGUUUGAAUUGGAAGAUGAUGAUGAAGAAUGUUCAUCUUCUGAUGUGAGUUAUGGGAGUGAUGGUGGAUUGAGAAGGAAUGGGAAUGGGGGGAGGUUUUUGCCUGAUGAUGUUGGUAGGUCUAGCAACCGAGGGCGAGGGCGAUCUUCUCAAUUGAAUUAUGGGAGGAAUGUAGUGGAUGGUGAUGCCAGGAUGAGGAAGAAUGGGAAGGGGAGGAGGUUUUUGUCCAAUAAUGUUGAUCGGUCUAGUGGUGGAGAGCGGUCUCCCCCUUUGAAUUAUGGGGGGGAUGGAGUGGAUGGUGAUGGUAGAUUGAGGAGAAAUGGCAAUGGAAGGAGGGCUUUGUCUGAUGAUGAUGGUAGCGAUGGCAAGCAGUCUUCUCAUUUGAGUUAUGGGAGGAAUGGAGUGGAUGGUGAUGGUAGAUUGAGAAGGAAUGGGACUGGGUGGAGCUUUUUGUCAUCUGGCGAUGGAGGGCGAUCUUCUCAUUUGAAUUAUGGGAGGGAUGGAGUGGAUGGUGAUGGUAGAUUGAGAAGGAAUGGGGAUGAGAAUGGAAGGAGGGUUUUGUCUGAUGAUGAUGGUAGGUCUAGAGAUGGAGGGUGGUCUUCUCGUUUGAAUAAUGGGAGGAGGAAUGGAUUAAAUGCUGAUGGAAGAAUGAGGAGGAAUGAGAAUGGAAGUAAGUAUGCUUCACAGGGUGUUGAUGAGACUGAUGGUGGAGAGAGUUCGCCUCGUUCUUCGAGUUCUGGGAGGUAUGGAGCAAGUUUUGAUGGCAGGUUGAGGAGUAAGCAUAGUGGAAGGAGGGUUUUAUCCAAGGAUGUUGAUAGGUUUGGUGAUGGCAGAUUGAGGAGUAAGGAAAAUGGAAGGAGGUUUAUGUCAAAGGAUGUUGAUGGGUCUAAUGGGUUGUAUUCAGGGGAAGUUGGUUCUGUCAGGAAACAGAGAGGGGGUUAUUCCAUUGGUGGUAGAAGUCGAGGAAAGUAUACUAACAGGACUUCAGACUAUGCUUCACCAAGAGGUAGAGAUACAAAUUCUGAAGUUUAUGAUAUGAAUUUGCAACGAGAUGGGAGUUAUGGGUUCCUGAAGAAGCGUGAGCAACCUGAUUCUACAAGUUGGUAGAAGCAUGGACAAGAUGACUGAUGAUUUGUCUCAAGGGUGCAAGUCAUUUUGGAUGCCCUUUCCUAGUCAGCUUAAUUGUACGUCCGAUCUGCAUAUGUGGCAAAUCGAAAUUGGACUAGACUAGGACUAGUCAAAUAUCAUUUUGUGAAAGUAUAUGUUGUAUAUACUACAAUUGAAUCUCAAAAGAGAACAUUGAAUUUUAAGUCAAAGUCUUUUGUUUAUUAUUUAUUUUUUUUCGACUGAGCAAAUGCUUUUUUAUGUAUGCUUCUUGUUGCAAUUAACUGAAGCCCAUAAAAGUUAUAUUUUU